GCACGACCGUAAAGCUACAGAGACCGCUAAUUACUAAAGUUAAACUCGUUUUCCUGUAUAACUAUUUCCGUGUGAAUCUCCAAAAUCCAAUGAGUGAUAUGAUUACAAAAAACCUCGUUGUCAUGGUACUAUUCUUUUACGCGGAUGCUGAAACUCAUUGACAACCGGUGAAUUGCUUUUUACUGUUAAAAUGCAAACGUCACCAAACUGACGUUUGGCUUUGACCAUGAAAUCAUGUUUGUGUUUUUAACAUAAACGAUGCCAGUUAACCGUGAUUUCACACCGUCGACACAAAAUGAUGGAAUAUGGUAUCCACAUCACAGCCUUGGGGGCGUGGUGCACGGGGAAGACUUUCAGAGCACCACCAACAGGAUGCUGUAUUCCACGUUCAGCGAGGAGGCGGAACACAUACCCCCUCCAGCCCCAGUCGGCUUCCAGGCCAAAGAAGCAACAAACUACAGAUGGUCUCACAAGUUUUCACAAUGUGACAACAAGUACGCCGUGGCCUAUGGCAUCAAUUUUGGCGAGCCAAAAGACAGAAAGUUGGGUAAAGCAAUCAUUCCAGUAAUUCGGCGAACUAAUUACACAGAUAGAAACUUUCUCAAAAAUUUGUGUCUGGAUUCCAUUGAGCACCGUUUUGACACGGUGUACGGCGACGCGUACCAGCCCAAACGAACAGAGUUCCCUCCCAUUCACCGUAGAUACCCGCGAGAAUACGAACAUCCCGCCAAAGGCUGGGUUCCGGUGGAUCCGAAGCCGAUUAAGAAGCGGGAUAUCCGGCCGAACAUCCCGUGGCGCCCCCUGUCGUCCACUCAGCGGCCUGACGGAAAACACAACACGUGGUCGUACUCGUACUACCCGGUCCACAAAAUAAAAUAUGAAAUGAGAAGAAAACCGCCCAUCCGUGACCGCAUCACUAGAUACGGACCGAUAGUCAUGAAUAAAACUACCUGAUUAA